UCUCUCCCCCACGUCUACUUAGCUCUGCUCCUCCCGGCCAUGUUGCUUGUCCAGCGAUCAACGUCGUUGCUUGCGAAGAGAUUGCCCAGGGCACUUGGAGUCCGCGCUCUCUCGCAAGGUCAGGGUGUUGCUGCGGAGAAGGAGGAGGAGGAUGUUCCAAAGGUGAUCGUAUUUGGCGGUAGCGGCUUCGUGGGCCAGAACGUUUGCCAGGCGGCCCUCCGUAUGGGGGCUGAUGUGGUGAGCGUCAACAGGAGGGGCGCCCCACCCGGCAAGGACAAGGCGUGGAAAGACAAGGUUCGGUGGGUUCAAGCGGACAUCUUCAAGCCGGAGGACUACGCUGCCGAGCUAUCUGGCGCAGCAGGGGUUGUCAGCUGCGUGGGCGCCUUUGGAUCAGAUGAGCAAAUGGAGAAGAUCUGCGGAGACGCCACGGUCGCCGCAACGGAAGCUGCCGAAAAGGCGCAUGUGAAGAGGUUUGUUUUCAUCUCCGCAGCAGGGGCACAGCACGACCACCCGGUAAUGAAAGGGUACUGGAAGGGGAAACAGAAAGCCGAAAAAGCCAUCCUAGAACGGUUUCCAGAAGGAGGCCUGGUCCUGCGCGCCCCCGGCAUCUACGGAGACAGAGACGUCGGGCCCGUCACUGUUCCCCUCGGGGCAUUGAUGAGGCCCAUGGAAAUGCUGUUCAACCUGGCGCCCUUCGCAGCCGUGCGCAGCUCCAGCCCUCUCGAGGCAAUGUUGACCCCUCCCGUGGCGGUGGAGAACGUGAGCCGUGUGGCGGCCGCGGGUGCGCUAGGUCGCGUGCCUGCCGGGGUUUUGCUUGUAGACGACAUUAAUCGACUUGCGACAGAUUGUACAUGAAUGUUUUUUCCUCACGUUCGGCCGCGCGGCUAGCUGCUGCUGUUCGAUUUUGUGCAGCAGUCGUCGCGGAAGUGUGCGUCCACGCCUUCUGUAGAAAAUUAGUGCCGUUGAAGGUAUAUAGCAGUUCGGAACCCUCGGGGAUAGGGGGCUGUGUGCAGGGAGCGUGGUUGGGAAGGGGGGGCUAGCUCGGGGAACAAUUGUCCGCUUAUCCCCGAAUCUGAUUUCCCCGCAAUGAUUGGUCAGAGGCAUCUGAAGCACGGUCUGUUUUAACGAAGCGGGUGGCAUGAAGUACACAAAAUAAGGAAGCCACGGAGAGGCGCACGAAAAGGAGGGAAAUGUUUGCACCCAUUUCUUUAGGUUACGCCUUGUGCGUAGGACCAACACCGCGGGAGAGAGAGAGAAUCAGCCCUCCUGUGAUACCGAGGAUACGACAUGACGGCCAAACCCCCGGCAUGAGAAAAAAACGAUGCCAACGACUGCGCAUUCACUCUCAUUGGCUGUCUUUACAUGGUGACUUGUGUGGGACGAGACCUGUGACGGCAUGGGCAGCGCCAAUAAGAAAGAGAAUGCGAGCCGAAAGACGAUAGAUGCCACCACGCCGGGAUGUUGUUAAAGUAGGACAUUCGUUCGACUCUUGUCGUCCGAAGGAGUUGAACUACAGAUGGUUCGGAAAACCGGCAUGCGGUUGCAGGUACGGAAAAGUGGGCAGGUGACCUCGGGGUAGAAUGCGACCACCGUUUCCUUCUUUUGUGGGAACACUUGACAAUACCGUACCGUGCCCCGGUCGCCCCGGUGGUCUAGUU